AUUCGAAAAGUAGCAGGAAUGUUCACCGCGGCGAGCUGCCAUUAAAAUCUAGCUUUAGUAUGUAGGAGGAGCCCGCUGGAUUUUCUUUUUUGUGUAAACAGAAACUGUGUCGGAACUAAAGACAGAAUCUGUUAAAAAUAGGUAGAAAUGGCUUCGCUGAGUAACAUGUCUGCGCAGGAAAUCAGCGAGCUGCUAGAUGAGUACGGGAUCAAACACGGACCUGUGGUCGAAAGCACCAGGAAUUUGUAUGUGAAGAAGCUGAAGGAAGCCAUGGCCAAAGGGAAGAAAUCUAAACCAUCAUCUGACAAAACCUACUACAGAGAGGAGGAGGAGGAGGUCACCUAUGUUUACAGGACACCACCCAGAAGUGAGAUGUAUGAAGAAGGGGAGCCCUAUAUGAGAUCCAAGACAGAAUGGAGUGAGAGGGAAUAUCAAAACGAGUCCUACUCCAGCUACUCGAAGUCAAAACCUGAAUACAGAGAAAGAGGUUAUACGCCCAACAUGUAUGACACACCGUCCACCUACAGUAACUCCUACUUAAAAUCCACAGCCAGUAAGUCGGAGGUACCAAAGGCCCAGUCGUCCCGUCUCAUCCCUUUGUGGCUUCAGCUCAUCUUCUUCCUGGGUCUGGCAGUCUUCCUCUACUUGGUCUUCUCCAGCAUGGAGACAAACGAAUCAAUCAAAGGAAUAGUGUGAUUUUUCUCUCUUUUUUUUUGGUUGGAUGUAUAGGGAUGGUAUACUUAAUUUGCAUUUAAAAUGGGUAAAUGUAUCUUGGGAAUUCAGACUGCCUAAAUUGUGGUUGAUGCAAUAUUUGUCUUCUUUUUUUUUGUAAGCUAAAGUUUGUUUGCACCUAAGCUGCAAUUAUUGCUAAAAAAGUACACCCUGUUAAAUUUAGGUUUUACCUUAAAAACCAUAUAGUUUUUUAUGUAACUUAAAGAGUACAAAACCUCUCUGCCAUGUUGAGUCAAAAAAUAAGGCUAACAUGGAGAGAAAACAAAAAAAGCUGUUGAUUUAAUAGGAAUGUCCGUUCUUUUUUGCAUGACUCUACAUGUAAGGGCAAAAUACAACCUCCUUGAUUCACUACAAAACGCCUGUGAGUCAAACUGCAGAACAAAGCAAGCUAGGUUUGGGUUUUUUUUGUAUUUGGAUAGCAGCUCUCCAUUAAUCACAUAAUUGUAGGGUUGUCUGAUGCACUCCAAGUCCUCCUGCCAUUUUGGCCUAGAAGAAGGAAAUGCAUUUUUACCAAUGUUAUGGAUUUGGAAAAAGUAGAAUUUUUAUUGUGUUAUUAAAAUGUUGUGUUUUGAUCUAAAUUGAUAUUUCAAUCCUUAAAAAGAAAUCCCAGUUCUAGUAGAAGCCAGAGGAUCCCAUCUGUGUAACAUCUGAACUCCCAGGGAAAUGUCUGCACACUAAAGUAAUGGGUAGAAAAUUUUACUAAAAGCAAAUUUUUUUUUUCCAAAAACCUUUUCUGAAUUCGGAUUUGUUUAUUCUUCUGAAUUGCAUUAAAUUUUAAUAUUUUAAGCAGCAACAUUGCCUCCUUUUUGCUGACGAUUACCAUUAAUAUAUAUUUGGGAAAGACUUAAAUUCAAGUGCCUCUACAUUUUAAUAUUGAUUCUGACGAAAUUGUAAAUUGCAUUCAGUGUUCGACACACGAAAGGUUUUUCGAAGUAAAAAAAAUGCUGUGAUGCUUUAAAGUUUAUGCUUUUCACAGAGGUGCAGCACUUUUAUACUACAUUCUCCACAUAUUCAGAGGAUGUAAUUUGUUUUGUACUUGGUUUUCAUAAAUAAAUAUAAUAAAGAGCUUGUAAUGUAAGAA